AUGAUAUACCUUACUCUGAUCGCUAGGGUAGCCGAUGGGCUCCCACUUGCAGCAACUAUUCAGGAUGAUGACCAACUAAAUCGUGAAAUAUUCCAGUAUCAAAAUCAAGCAAAGGCACUCGUUUGUCGUAUGACUCCUACCUCUCCUUCUAGAUGCUCACUUAUUGCUGGUCCUUACUUGUUUCAUUAUCUGCUGGAUCGUGGUGUUUGUUACAUUAUUCUUACAGACUCACAGUUCAGUCGUACAAAAGCCUUUGCAUUUUUAGAGGCUAUACAAACAGAAUUUUAUGGCAAAUACUACCAACAAAUACAAACAGUUUCAAGACCUUACGCAUUUCUUGAUUUUGAUCACGUCAUACACAAAACUCAAAAAAUCUAUAGUGAUAGUCGGUCAUCCAAUCUUAGUCAAUUGAACGUAGCAUUACAAGACGUGCAAAGAAUCAUGGUACAGAAUAUUGAUGAUGUAUUACAACGUGGUGAAGCACUUUCAACCUUAGACUCUCGAGCAUCCAACUUGUCUACUAUGUCCAAGAAAUACCGUCAAGAUGCCCACUCACUCAACCUUCAAUCGGCCUACGUUAAAUACAUAUUGUUUUGCAUCUUGUUAUUAGUAGUUUUCACAUAUUUUUAUAUUCGGUUUCUGUGA